UUCAUAAAAAACUGUAUAUGGUCAAACAUGCUUUUAAAUGUUUUUAUUGAGCUACACCGUACAACAUAUCCAAGGUUUCGAUAGAGACUUAGUCGAGUGAUUUCAGACAGGUAAACAUUAUGUUCGGCACUUCCCCCCUUUUUCAGAAGCCUCAAACCACACAUAUUUUAUGAGCUCAUUCGGAGCCUCCUACCUCUAUUGUAUGAAUUUAAAGCUCACCUGUAGCAGGGAACCCUCGCGUCAUUACCCCCUAUAACGGGCUAGUGUUCAGGUGUGUACGGGUGCUAAAAUGGAGGAAGAUACAACCGCUCUCGAGUGGGGAGACAUUUUAGUCGUCGUGGGAUAUUUUGUGGCUGUCAUUGGUGUUGGGAUAGCGUCAUCAUGUCGAAACAGAGGGAGUGUAAGCGGUUACUUCCUGGCUGGGAGAACUAUGAAUUGGAUCCCGGUUGGAGCCUCCCUUUUUGCCAGUAACAUAGGAAGUGGUCACUUUGUCGGCCUGGCCGGAUCCGGAGCUGCUGGCGGUAUUGGUAUAGCCGUGUUUGAACUCAAUGCUAUCUUUAUCCUGAUGAUGCUGGGAUGGCUGUUCGUCCCCGUAUACGUGGCAUCUGGUGUUUUCACUAUGCCAGAGUAUCUACAGAAACGAUUCGGGGGCCAAAGGAUCAGAAUUUAUCUCUCUGUUCUCGCUCUUAUCCUCUACGUAUUCACGAAAAUAUCCGCGGACUUGUUCUCGGGAGCUCUCUUCAUCACUCAGACGUUCAAGGGAUUCAACCUUUACCUCGCCGUCAUCAUAUUACUAGCGAUAGCCGCUCUCUUCACUAUCACGGGAGGUUUAACCGCUGUAAUUUGGACAGAUUUCGCCCAGGUGGUCAUCAUGGUGAUCGGAGCAUUUAUUCUAAUGAUUAUGAGUUUUAUUGAAGUUGGUGGGUAUGAACAAUUGAUUAAAAAGUAUUUUGAUGCGUGGCCCAAUACGACUCGUUUAAACUACGCUAACAUUUACAACAACUAUAGCUACGCUAAAUGUGGUAUCCCUCCUGGCAAUGCCAUGCACUUGAUGAGAUCAGCUGACGACGGCAGUCUCCCAUGGCCCGGCAUUAUUUUUGGCCUCACCAUCUCAUCUAUCUGGUAUUGGUGCUCUGAUCAGGUCAUUGUACAGAGAGCACUAGCUGCCAAGAACCUAUCGCAUGCUAAGGCCGGGACACUUCUUGCAGGAUACUUGAAAUUUCUACCUCUCUGGCUUCUUGUCUUUCCAGGAAUGGUUGCCAGAAUUUUGUUCCCUAACGAGGUGGGCUGUGCUGAUCCUGAUGUUUGCUUUAAAGUGUGCGGAAGCCGUGCUGGCUGUACGAAUAUCGCGUUUCCCAAACUCGUCCUAAAGAUCAUGCCCGUUGGUCUCAGAGGACUGAUGCUGGCUGUGAUGAUGUCCGCCCUCAUUUCGUCAUUGACCUCCAUCUUUAACAGUAGCAGUACCAUCUUCACAAUGGACAUCUGGCGACGGAUAAGGAAGAAUGCUGGUGACGUAGAGCUCAUGAUUGUCGGACGAAUGUGUGUUUUGAUAUUGGUGGUGAUAUCUGUAGUUUGGAUCCCUAUCGUUCAGAAUGUCUCCGAGCUGUUUCAUUACAUCCAGGCGAUCACAAGCUUCCUAGCACCUCCCGUAUGUGCCAUAUAUAUCCUCGCCGUGUUCUGGAAGCGAACUAAUGAAAAGGGAGCAUUUUAUGGUCUGAUGAUUGGUCUAGUGACUGGAAUGAUACGCUUCAUCUGGGAAUACGUUUAUUCCGUUCCUCCGUGUGGCGAGGAAGAAAACGACACUCGACCUGCUAUCAUUGCCAAAGUCCACUACCUCCACUUUGGAAUUAUCCUAUUCGGAAUCGUCUUCAUCUCCACCAUUAUCAUCAGUAUUCUGACAAAACCUAUAGAUGAUAAACAUUUACAUCGACUAACGUUCUGGAACAGGUUCAGCACAGCUGAACGAGUAGACAUAGAUGAAGAGGAGACAAGGGCAGAGCAAGGCGAAAACGCAAACACGCUUAAAUUAGAGGAUGUCCAACCUGAAAUGGAUAUACCAUGGUACAAGAAAGCAUUCCAGUGGAUUUGUGGUAUUGAGAAGAUGGUCAACCAACCGCAAAUGACGGACGAAGAACGACAAGCUAUAGAAAAGAAACACGAAUCAAUUGUAGAAAAAGGCACAUGGAAAACUGUUCUCAAUAUAAAUGCCGUUCUUCUGAUGACCAUUGCGGUCUUCAUUUGGGGAUUCUAUGCAUAAUCCGCAGGACAGACAAUCUUCACUCUGCAUAAUAUCCUGAUUAGCUUUGUAUAUGCUAAUAAUAUGUUAAUAUGCGUGUUGUAUUCCUGUAUUUGUAUUGAUUUCAUUAUAUCACAAAUUUAUAUGAAGGUUGUAAGCAAAUAUUCCAUGCAUAAUAUUUAGUUUUAAAUAAACGCUAAGAUCGAGUCAUAAUGUAUGAAGGAGUAUGAUUUUGUAUAAGCGUUGACUUGACAUUAUGUUAAUAAAUAUGUCAUAUCUGUAGCUAUUUUGUGUAUGAUCGCAUUUCAACCUAAUAUCUGAGCCAAAGCAUUGCAAAUAAGGAUAGUAGCAAUACGGACAAGUUAAUUGACUAAGCGAUUAGAUAAUGAAUAAUAAACAUGAACAAUACAUAUAUAUUUACUCGAAGCAUCUAUCUGGAUAUAUGUAUUCUUAGAUUAAUUCAAAUAAAAGGACCUCGCACAAACACACCUGGUGUUGAUUUCCUAGAAUGAUUUUUUUCUUUUUGUAUCCAUACCACUGUUUUUAAGGGAAUCAUCCGUCUUUCAAAUACAGGUUAAUUAACAUGUAUAUUCACUGAAAAUCUGACAAGACAAAAUGUACAAAAAUAUCACUCCACCAUAACGACAAAAAUAUUGUGGAAGUGAAAGACUACAUCGUUGAUAUCUAUGCAUUAGUUUUGUUUAAUGUAACUUUAGCUAAGAACAUUCCAGUAACAUACAGUCCAUAUUUAUGGUAUGUUACGUGUCUUUGAAUUAAAUAUUAAAUCUCAAUUAGACAGCACACGGAAAGCAAAUGUAGUUUUAUUGGGUAUUUGUAUAUUAUCAUUUUAAAAAGAUCGUAAAUGAUUUUCCGAGCUGUUCAUUUUUUAAUGAAGUAGAGGUUAUUUCGCAUCCCUUACUAAAUUUUUUUAUGUUUUUUGACAACUAGGCGCCCGUACAAUACUGCCCAAUCUACCAAUAUAUGGACAGUCUAUCAAUACAUGGCCAUGAGCGGCAGUUUCAUUUCUGUCAUUUGUAAAUACAGAUAUUUCUGCCAAGAAACGCAAAAAGCUUUUUAAAUGAGUUUAAUUUUUAUUCAUAAAUACUUAAAUUUGAGUAUUUGGUUUCAGUAGUAGCUAUUUUGAAAUAAAAAAGUAUAAGCGCAAAAACUAGGGGAGGUUACCAAUUUUUAGCUUUAUAUCUUGAGUGUAAAUUUAGUUUUAUUUCAUGCAUGACAUAUUUUACACUUUACAGCUUUUAUUGUAUUUCAUAACAUUUGAUAAAGCUACCAUAUCACCAAGUUAUUACCAGACAUUGACCAAAAGUCUACAAUGCCUUUUGUUUUUUAUCCAUUUGAUACCAAUGUGAAUAAAAUGUCCUGCGUAUAGCGCUGUAAUUAAGAACAGUACACAGAAAUAAUCAGGAGAAAAGAACAUGAUUUGGCGUUAGAUUUAUGUACAUACAUGUGUAUUAUAUGACUUCCCGUAUGUUUUCAGUUGGUGUCGGAGACAAUGGGAACAUCGAUUUCUCAUAUUAAACUUCAUUCACUGAUUAUAAUGGUGCUAAUUUUAUCCUUGUUUUAGCUGCAACAUAGUUUAGCAGAUUUUUUCCCCCUUAUUAUACAAAUAGUGAGGUAUGAUACUCUAAUACUAUGUAAGGAAGUAUUUUUCUUUUUGAAAAGAAAUCCCUGUUUGUAGGAAAAAAAAUCCUUGUUACGUUUAAUAUUAUCGCAUUCGGUGUUAAUACAGAAUCUUUGAUGCAUGUGUAUUCAAACUUAUUUUAUACGUUAUUCCUAUUUUCUAUAUAUUUGUUUAUGUAUGUAAUCAACCAAGAACAUUAUAUAGACAGAAUCACAAAUAUAUCCACAAACGUGUACUUAAAACAUGUUUACAAGCCGUCUGUAAAUCGAUAUCAUUGUUUAAGGGUUAGUUUAUAUUUUAUAUAUAAAUUGUACAAAUAAAGGAAAUUUAUAUACA